AUGACAGUAACUAGCAAUCUGAUAAAACUAACAAGUGAACAUCUCAACUUCUUAAAUGAAAGUUUACAGUCAUUAAUACCACAAGAUUUAAUCAAAUGGGCAUAUUUAACAUUUCCAAAUUUAUAUCAAACAACAGCUUUUGGAUUAACUGGAUUAGCUAUAACAGAUAUGAUUUCUAAAAUACCCAAUACUAAAAUAGAUUUAAUUUUUAUAGAUACAUUAUAUCAUUUCCCACAAACUCAUGAUUUAUUAGCUAAAAUUGAAUCAAAAUAUCCAAAUUCUAAAAUAAAUGUUUUUAAACCACAAGGUAUAUCUAACGAGACUGAAUUUGUGGAGAAAUAUGGUGAUCAAUUAUGGGAGUCAAAUGAUAAAUAUUACGAUUAUUUAGUAAAAGUUGAACCAAUACAAAGAUCAUAUAAAGAAUUAAAUGUAAAUGUUGUAUUAACAGGUAGAAGAAAAACACAAGGUGGGUCAAGAAAUACCCUUACAAUAUUAGAAUUUGAUGAAGUAAACAACGUCAUAAAGAUAAAUCCAUUAUGGGAUUGGGAUUUUAAAAAAGUUAAAAAUUAUAUAGAUGAAAAUAAAGUACCUUAUAAUGAAUUAUUAGAUUUGGGGUAUAAAUCUGUGGGUGAUUGGCAUUCUACUGUUCCUGUUGGUGAUGAUGAAGAUGAAAGAAGUGGGAGAUGGAAAAAUAAAGCUAAGACUGAAUGUGGUAUUCAUAUUGCUAAUGAAUUUACAAAUUUCAAAUAA